AUGGGCACGAGCACGGACCAAGGCGGCGGCUUGACGGCCAUUGCUAACCUCGACGCCGGUGCCAGCAGCGGCGACAGCGACGGGAGCGUCGGUGGCACGGAACCGCGUUUCCCGUCCCCGCAGGCGCAAGCUGGCAGCAUCAUCCCUGUCGUCGCCGAGGCGCCUCUCCCCGACGCGUCUUCAUCCGAUGAAGGCCGUAGCGGCUGCGUGCGCUCGCCGCAAGCUCCGCUUGUACCCCCUCACUCCGCCGAACCUGAGGCGGCGACUGCCAGUCCGCCGGAUGCUGCUGCUACGUCUCGGCGAGGCGGAGCCCGAGCCGGAAUGGCGCCCACGACAGCAUCCGUCGCGUCGUCGAGCAACGCACGCGUGGGCACGGCGGCGACGACAGUCGCGGCCACGGAGAUCUCCGCAAUCCCCACUGCUCGCGGUGCCCGAGGACUUAAUUCCAGAGCACCCGACGAGCAGCCGUUACCUGCUGGAGCCAUGGAGCUGCUCUCGUUAGUGCGCCGCGGAAAUGCCGCGCCGCUCUCUCCGCGCCCGCCUCCCGGCAGCCCCUCCGGUUUCCGCCGCGCUCGCCACUUUCGAUCCGCGUCGGUUGGCGGAUCAAUUAUUCCCCGCACUGCGGACAUCGACGACGCGGACGGCGCGGAUUGCCCGCUCCCGUCGUUUUCCCCGCAACCUUCGCGGCGCAAGGCAGCGCCUCCUCUCUCGGCGUCCGCGGGCAGCGCAACCCGCUUCUGGAGCCCGCGGGGGGCAACUCCUGGCAAUGCGCCCGCCGCGAGUGCUUCCCCGUCUCGCGUCCCCUCCGCCUCCCCACUUUCCGCCGUCGCGGGUCGGUCUGCCGGCAAGGCGCAUGGCGGUGGUGCGGGGGGGAGCGAGUCCCGCGCGCAGGAAGAGGGCGAGGCACGCGAGCAGCACGGGCACUCAAGGCAGCGGCCGCCAAAGCAAGGCGUAGCAGCAGCAGAGAGAGCAGCAGAGAGAGCAGCAGAGAGAGCAGCAGAGAGAACAGGAGGAGAGGCAGGAGGAGAGGCAGGAGCAGGAGCAGCAGGAGGAGCGAUAGCAGCGGCAGAAGCGGGAGGAGGAGCAGCAGCAGCAGCAGCAGCAGCAGCAGCAGCAGGAGGAGGAGCAGCAAGAGCAGUGACAGGAGCAGCAGGAGCAGCAGCAGCAUCAGGAGGAUCAGCAGGAGCAGCAGGAGUAGCAAGAGCAGCAGCAGGAGCAGCAGCAGCAGGAGCAGCAGCAGCAGGAGCAGCAGCAGGAGCAGCAGCAGGAGCAGCAGGAGCAGCAGCAGCAGCAGCAGGAGCAGCAGCAGGAGCAGCAGGAGCAGGAGCAGGGUUGGCAGGAGCAAGGGGAGCAGGCAGGUGGCGCCAUGGUCCUCGGUGGCGUGCAGCGUCACUGGAUGAGACGGGCACGGCGAGGCCGGCACACGCCUGGACACCCACCACACCCACCACACCCGCCACACCCGCCGUACCCACCGCCGCAGCCGCCACAGCCGCUACAGCCGCCGCACCCACCACAGCCGCCGCAGCCGCCGCCGCAACCGCAACAGCCGGAGAAGUGGCCAGGAGCCGGAUGAGGGGGGGCAGCGGCAGUAGCAGCGGCAUGGGAGAGGGAGGUGAGGGUGUGAGAAGACGUGCGGAGGAAUGUGCUGAGCAACUUCCUGGCACAAUGGCACAGGGACUCCGUUCAAGUGCAGGUUCCUCGGGUAAACUGCUGGGCAUUCAUGGUGGUAACCAGACAAUUUGUGGUAACCGGUUUCAGGGUAGUAGUGGUGGUAACCACACUGGCCUUGGUAAUAACCAGGCGUUUGCUGGUAACCAGUACACUACGCACAUCCGCAGUCGCAGCGUUGACGAUGUUGGGGGACGGCCUGCGCGGCGCAAGGCACUGCUCUCGGCGUCCGCGGGCAGCGCAACCCGCUUCUGGAGCCCGCGGGGGGCAACUCCUGGCAAUGCGCCCGCCGCGAGUGCUUCCCCGUCUCGCGUCCCCUCCGCCUCCCCACUUUCCGCCGUCGCGGGUCGGUCUGCCGGCAAGGCGCAUGGCGGUGGUGCGGGGGGGAGCGAGUCCCGCGCGCAGGAAGAGGGCGAGGCACGCGAGGAGUGCACCGUGGCGCGUGUGCUGCAUGGCUUCCAUGCGCGCGCCAGGACGCCCAACACCACCACUGCAGCGCCGCGCCACCAACCGCAGCAGCAGCAGCAGCAGCAGCAGCAGCAGCAGCAGCAGCAGCAGCAGCAGCAGCAGCAGCAGCAGCAGCAGCGGUAUGAGGCAGGCCAGUCACAGCGCAAGCACCGGGAACGACUUGCUGCCAGCAGCAACCUACCCACGCUGCACCCGUCGUGCGCCUCCUCUUCUGUGCCCCCGGCGCUGGUACGGCGCACAGCCCAGCGCAUUCCGCGGAUCGCUUCCGCGCCCGGCAGCCUCGUACUCAUGGCGCUGGGCGCAGCGGAGGGCGCAAGCGCGAGUGGCGGAGGGAAAGGUGCAGCGGUCGCGCCAACCGUCCCUCUUGGCGCCACCCCGAAUGCCUCGCCCCAGCACAGGAAGAUGGCCGCUUCGCCUUCCGCCGGGGCCCCCGCCUUGCUGCACCCCUCCCGCCGCGCGUCCCUGCCCCAUUCCCUCACCUCCCCCGGGAGUUCCCCCCAACAGCCCGCAAGCUUCCCCAUCCCCCGCAGCUCGUCCGCGGGCGCGCCUCCCGCGCCUGUCGCGCUUCUCGCUCCGCUGCCGCGCGCCACCCUUUCCGUGCACGCAUCAUCUCUCGCGCAGCAGCACGGGCACUCAAGGCAGCGGCCGCCAAAGCAAGGCGUAGCAGCAGCAGAGAGAGCAGCAGAGAGAGCAGCAGAGAGAGCAGCAGAGAGAACAGGAGGAGAGGCAGGAGGAGAGGCAGGAGCAGGAGCAGCAGGAGGAGCGAUAGCAGCGGCAGAAGCGGGAGGAGGAGCAGCAGCAGCAGCAGCAGCAGCAGCAGCAGGAGGAGGAGCAGCAAGAGCAGUGACAGGAGCAGCAGGAGCAGCAGCAGCAUCAGGAGGAUCAGCAGGAGCAGCAGGAGUAGCAAGAGCAGCAGCAGGAGCAGCAGCAGCAGGAGCAGCAGCAGCAGGAGCAGCAGCAGGAGCAGCAGCAGGAGCAGCAGGAGCAGCAGCAGCAGCAGCAGGAGCAGCAGCAGGAGCAGCAGGAGCAGGAGCAGGGUUGGCAGGAGCAAGGGGAGCAGGCAGGUGGCGCCAUGGUCCUCGGUGGCAUGCAGCGUCACUGGAUGAGACGGGCACGGCGAGGCCGGCACACGCCUGGACACCCACCACACCCACCAAACCCGCCACACCCGCCGUACCCACCGCCGCAGCCGCCACAGCCGCUACAGCCGCCGCACCCACCACAGCCGCCGCAGCCGCCGCCGCAACCGCAACAGCCGGAGAAGUGGCCAGGAGCCGGAUGAGGGGGGGCAGCGGCAGUAGCAGCGGCAUGGGAGAGGGAGGACCUCCGUUCAAGCGCAGCUUCCUCGGGUAG